AGGGCGUUACUUCACUUCCGUCGUCCCUAGAUGCUGCUGGUGUGAAAAGGGGGACUGUGGGUUUUCAGGACAAAACUUCGACAGUAUUGCUGUAUUCAGUAGCAACAAGCCCACGAAGAAGAUGGGGAGGAUUAAGCUCCCUGGAGUUCGUUCGAGUCUCGUGCUGCUGUCGAUGUUUCAAGUAGUAUUUUCGCAAACACCUACGGUCAUCGUUUCACAACCAACGUACACGGAAGUUCCCGGAAAUACCGUCACACUGGCAUGUACGGCGAGCGCAACGUCAGCCAUCACCACAGUCCUAUGGUUACAGGAUCGAGGAGGUUCAGUUACGACAAUAACUAACAAUGGCGGCAAGUACACAGGUGUAACCACGUCGAACCCUUCACUGAUCAUUAGCAGCUUGACCAAUGCUGACACAGGGAGCUAUAGGUGCUUUGCCUCCACAGCCACAGGAGUACUUGGACAGAGUGGCCCUACGUUUCUCACUGUAGCUUCAGUCAAUGCCGCUCCAGUGGUGCAAAACUCUUUGACUGGCUACACUAGGUCAGCAGGGCAGUCUAUCACGCUAGGUUGCGUCAUAUCGGCUAAUCCUGCAGCCACUUCUGUCAGCUGGUCGAAGACAAGCGGGACCAAUCCUUCCUCUAUUACAGUUGACGGUUCCAAAUACAUAAAUGGAAAUACUGGAACGCCUUCCCUAACAAUAACUGGGCUCGCGCUGGUAGAUGCAGGAACGUAUGUUUGUUUUGCAACAAACACAUUUGGUUCGUCUCAAAGCAAUGGCGCAACGCUAACUGUAACCGGAACUAUCCCAGUCCUUUCAGUUCAACAGACAGCACAGACUGUUGUUUCUGGGAGCAACGCCAUCCUGCAGUGUAGCAUUACGAGUGCCAAUCCAAACGCUCAAACCGUCUACUGGACGUUUACACCGACCGGGGGAACGGAGACGACCCUGAGUAUAGACAACACUAACUAUCAGGGUUCUACCACUUCCAAUCCAUCUCUGACGGUGGUCAAUGCCAACAGUGCCGAUGCUGGGUCCUAUGUGUGUCAUGCUACUAACAGUGCAGGAAUUGGAAAUAGUGCGACGAUAACACAAACCGUAGGAACUAUCCCAGUCCUUUCAGUUCAACAGACAGCACAGACUUUUGUUUUGGGAAGCAACGCCGUCCUGCAGUGUAGCAUUACGAGUGCCAAUCCAAACGCUCAAACCGUCCACUGGACAUUUACACCGACCGGGGGAACGGAGACGACCCUGAGUAUAGACAACACUAACUAUCAGGGUUCUACCACUUCCAAUCCAUCUCUGACGGUGAUCAAUGCCAACAUUGCCGAUGCUGGGCCCUAUGUGUGUCAUGCUACUAACAGUGCAGGAAUUGGAAAUAGUGCGACGAUAACACUAACCGUAGGAACUAUCCCAGUCCUUUUCGUUCAACAGACAGCACGGACUGUUGUUUCUGGAAGCAACGCCGUCCUGCAGUGUAGCAUUAUGAGUGCCAAUCCAAACGCUCAAACCGUCCACUGGACGUUUACACCGAUCGGGGGAACGGGGACGACCCUGAGUAUAGACAUCACUAACUAUCAGGGUUCUACCACUUCCAAUCCAUCUCUGACGGUGAUCAAUGCCAACAGUGCCGAUGCUGGGUCCUAUGUGUGUCAUGCUACUAACAGUGCAGGAAUUGGAAAUAGUGCGACGAUAACCCUAACCGUAGGAACUAUCCCAGUCCUUUUCGUUCAACAGACAGCACGGACUGUUGUUUCUGGAAGCAACGCCGUCCUGCAGUGUAGCAUUAUGAGUGCCAAUCCAAACGCUCAAACCGUCCACUGGACGUUUACACCGACCGGGGGAACGGAGACGACCCUGAGUAUAGACAACACUAACUAUCAGGGUUCUACCACUUCCAAUCCAUCUCUGACGGUGAUCAAUGCCAACAGUGCCGAUGCUGGGUCCUAUGUGUGUCAUGCUACUAACAGUGCAGGAAUUGGAAAUAGUGCGACGAUAACACUAACCGUAGGAACUAUCCCAGUCCUUUCAGUUCAACAGACAGCACGGAAUGUUGUUCCUGGAAGCAACGCCAUCCUGCAGUGUAGCAUUACGAGUGCCAAUCCAAACGCUCAAACCGUCCACUGGACAUUUACACCGACCGGGGGAACGGAGACGACCCUGAGUAUAGACAACACUAACUAUCAGGGUUCUACCACUUCCAAUCCAUCUCUGACGGUGAUCAAUGCCAACAGUGCCGAUGCUGGGUCCUAUGUGUGUCAUGCUACUAACAGUGCAGGAAUUGGAAAUAGUGCGACGAUAACACUAACCGUAGGAACUAUCCCAGUCCUUUUCGUUCAACAGACAGCACGGACUGUUGUUUCUGGAAGCAACGCCGUCCUGCAGUGUAGCAUUAUGAGUGCCAAUCCAAACGCUCAAACCGUCCACUGGACGUUUACACCGAUCGGGGGAACGGAGACGACCCUGAGUAUAGACAACACUAAUUAUCAGGGUUCUACCACUUCCAAUCCAUCUCUGACGGUGAUCAAUGCCAACAGUGCCGAUGCUGGGUCCUAUGUGUGUCAUGCUACUAACAGUGCAGGAAUUGGAAAUAGUGCGACGAUAACACUAACCGUAGGAACUAUCCCAGUCCUUUCAGUUCAACAGACAGCAAAGACUGUUGUUCCUGGAAGCAACGCCAUCCUGCAGUGUAGCAUUACUAGUGCCAAUCCAAACGCUCAAACCGUCCACUGGACGUUUACACCGAUUGGGGGAACGGAGACGACCCUGAGUAUAGACAACACUAACUAUCAGGGUUCUACCACUUCCAAUCCAUCUCUGACGGUGGUCAAUGCCAACAGUGCCGAUGCUGGGUCCUAUGUAUGCCAUGCUACUAACAGUGCAGGAAUUGGAAAUAGUGCGACGAUAACACUAACCGUAGGAAGUUUGCCGACAGUGGUGAUUCAACAGAAUACCUAUUCUGCAUCAACUGGUAGCAGCCUGACUCUUGUCUGUACCGUUAGCGCAAAUCCAGCCCAUACCAGCGUCGGCUGGGAGAAGCUUGUUAACAACGUUUAUCAGACAGUUUCCAUUAGUGGUAAUACCAGAUACACAGGGGGAUCUACGACCACACCAUCCUUAGCCAUUACUAACUCUCAACCGAGCGACAGUGGAACUUACAGAUGCACUGCGACUAAUCCAGUAGGGAUCGGAACUAGUGGAACGACCCAGCUGACUGUCAGCGGAAGUUUGCCGACAGUGGUGAUUCAACAGAAUACCUAUUCUGCAACAACUGGUAGCAGCCUGACUCUUGUCUGUACCGUUAGCGCAAAUCCAGCCCAUACCAGCGUCGGCUGGGAGAAGCUUGUUAACAACGUUUAUCAGACAGUUUCCAUUAGUGGUAAUACCAGAUACACAGGGGGAUCUACGACCACACCAUCCUUAGCCAUUACUAACUCUCAACCGAGCGACAGUGGAACUUACAGAUGCACAGCGACUAAUCCAGUAGGGAUCGGAACUAGUGGAACGACACAGCUGACUGUCAGUGGAAGUCUACCCGUGGUCACCAUUGCCCAGCCAUUCUACUCAGUUGUCACUGGACAGUCAGUCACACUCGUAUGUACAGUGUCUGGCUCACCUACUCAUACCAUUGUUGUCUGGCGGCGUAUAAACAUUGGUUUCGAAAACUCAAUAUCCAUUGAUGGAACCAAAUUCUCUGGAUCCACAGUGAAUAAUCCAUCCUUGACCAUCACCAAUGCUGAUAGCACCGACAACACAGUGUACACAUGUUCAGCAACAAAUGCUGUGGGAACUGGAACCAGUAGUCAAACCACACUCACUGUCACAGGAAGUUUGCCGACAGUGGUGAUUCAACAGAAUACCUAUUCUGCAUCAACCGGUAGCAGCCUGACUCUUGUCUGUACCGUUAGCGCAAAUCCAGCCCAUACCAGCGUCGGCUGGGAGAAGCUUGUUAACAACGUUUAUCAGACAGUUUCCAUUAGUGGUAAUACCAGAUACACAGGGGGAUCUACGACCACACCAUCCUUAGCCAUUACUAACUCUCAACCGAGCGACAGUGGAACUUACAGAUGCACUGCGACUAAUCCAGUAGGGAUCGGAACUAGUGGAACGACCCAGCUGACUGUCAGCGGAAGUUUGCCGACAGUGGUGAUUCAACAGAAUACCUAUUCUGCAACAACCGGUAGUAGCCUGACUCUUGUCUGUACCGUUAGCGCAAAUCCAGCCCAUACCAGCGUCGGCUGGGAGAAGCUUGUUAACAACGUUUAUCAGACAGUUUCCAUUAGUGGUAAUACCAGAUACACAGGGGGAUCUACGACCACACCAUCCUUAGCCAUUACUAACUCUCAACCGAGCGACAGUGGAACUUACAGAUGCACAGCGACUAAUCCAGUAGGGAUCGGAACUAGUGGAACGACACAGCUGACUGUCAGUGGAAACGUUCCGUUGGUGAGUAUUCAAUUAACAACAUACAGUGCUGUAAUUGGAGAUCCAGUCACCAUUCCAUGUUCCAUCACUUCUGAUCCUGCUCAUACUGCAGUAAGCUGGCAACGAACAGUCAAUGGUCAGGUCACCACGGUUACCACUUCAAGUAGCGGUGGUAAAUAUACUGUCGGACCAUUAACUUCGCCUGCCUUGACCAUUACUGGAAUACAAAGUAGUGAUCAGGGUGUGUACAUAUGUAUAGCAGUCAACAGCGUUGGUUCCGGGCAAGAUUCAACGACGCUGUCCGUCACUGGAGGUACCCCGGUUGUGACCAUACCCCUGAGCGGUUAUUCUGUGCAAACUGGAAGUUCCAUCACUAUUCCAUGUAUCAUCGUAGCUACUCCUUCGAUAACGGGUGUGACCUGGCGGAGUGUGCAAGGCACUCAGUCAAUUCCUUUAACCAUAAACGGCCAAACGUACAGUGGAGGCAGCACUGCGACUCCUGCUCUCACUAUACCAAGCGCAGUCAGGACGACCCACGAGGGUUUCUAUGUGUGUACAGCUACCAACGCUGCCGGCGUAGGAACAAGUGGAACAAUACGCUUAUCAGUAACGGGAGCCAUCCCCACUGUUACUGUACAACAAACCGCUGCGACUGCAAUCAUCGGGACCUCUGUCACUUUACAGUGCCAGAUAAACGCCGAUCCCGUUGUGACAAUAGUGGAAUGGACUAAGGUCGGUAGCACAACAGCCAUCACUACUUCAGGCAAUUCUAAGUACACUGGAGGAACGCCUUCAAACCCUUCGCUCACCAUAGCUACGACUGACAAUAAUGAUGCUGGAGGCUAUAUUUGUUCGGCUACCAACGCUGUCGGCAAAGGAACGAGCGGUCAAGUAACGCUGACAGUCUCGGGCAAUUCACCGACAGUAACGGUUACUCAGACAUUGUAUACGGUGAUCACCGGAAGUUCUGCGAUAAUUCAGUGCUCAGCUGCCGGAGUGCCGGCGGUGACGUCAGUGUACUGGGAGAAAGUUGCUAGCAAUGGACAAACCACACAAUUGACUCUAAGCAGUGGUCGAUUCACUGUAAGCAAUCCUUCCCUUAAUAUCGCUAAUGCUGCAAAUGGAGAUGCUGGGACGUAUCGGUGUGUGGCUGUCAAUAUUGUUGGAACAACGCAGAGUAAUCAAGUCAUGGUCACCAUUACUGGAGCUAUACCGACUGUAGUUAUUGGAGCUGCCACGUACACUGCUGUAACCGGUACUCAAGUUACCCUGGGCUGUACCGUGACCGCCUCACCAACCGCUUCAUUGAUACGAUGGAGCAAAACCACGACGUCUGGCAGUACAGUCAUCACCGUUGACGGCACAAAGUACCAGGAUGCAGUUUCAGCCAACCCAUCCCUUGUUAUCAACAUGGUAUCCCAAAGCGACGAAGGAACCUAUGUAUGUCGAGCCACUAACGUUGUGGGCACCGGCACUAGCGGUCAGACUGUGCUAUCGGUGACUGGGUCGAUACCAAAUGUACAAGUAACUCAGGCGUCGUACAGUGUAACCAAAGGUGGCACCAUCACUUUAGAAUGUACAGUGUCGGGCGUGCCAGCAGCCACAUCAGUGUCAUGGAAACGUACGUCUGGUGGAACGGAAACAACGGUCUCAACUUCACCUGCUAAAUACUCCGGAUCGACUCCUACCGUACCGUCGCUCACCAUCACUGGAGCCGAGAGCGUCGAUGCGGCGACGUACGUGUGUACCGCUACCAACAGCGUUGGAGCCGGUACCAGUACCCAAACAUCUCUGUCUGUUACAGGCGACAUCCCGACAGUGACAGUGCCCUCAGCCACAUACUCUACGGUAUCGGGUAGUUCGGUAACCUUAAUGUGUGUGGUGGCAGCAUCGCCUCCUGCCGACAGCGUGUUAUGGAAGAAAAUCAAAAACACCGUUUCUAGCGACAUUGAUGUAAGUUUAGCGGCAUUCACUGGUGGAACUGUAGGAAACCCAUCACUAACCAUCGUGACUGCUACAUCCGCCGAAAUGGCGGACUAUAUUUGCACUGCGACAAACAGCGUGGGUACAGGUGAAAGCGGAAGAACAACAUUGACCGUAACUGGAGCUGUUCCCACUGUGUCUAUAGCAGUCACACCAGUGUCCGUCCUUACAGGACAGAGUGUCGAUAUUGUUUGUAAAGUAGUAUCUGAUCCUCCCGCAAGCAGUAUAUCAUGGUCCAAGACGGUCGGUACUGUUACGUCUGUGCUGAAUAUUGACAACACUAAGUUUGCCGGUGGAACCAUCCAAACGCCAAGUCUUACCAUCAACAACGCGGCGUCAAAUGACCAAGCCUCGUACAAGUGCACAGCCACGAACGUUGUCGGUUCUGCGACUAGUAAUGCGGCUGUUCUCUCAGUCACAGGAGGUAUACCUACUGUUCUUAUUGACAACCCCGGCGUCACUGCAGUGCUUGGUUCGUCAGUAACACUCAUCUGUAAGGUGACAGCCAAUCCCACGGCUACUGGAGUAUCAUGGGAACGCACUAUUGGUGGGGUCACAACACCAAUCGUCCUCAACACGAAGUUUGUGGGUUCUACAGUGGCCAACCCGUCCUUGACCAUAAACACAUUAGCUACUACUGACCAAGGAAGCUACGUAUGUGUGGCCGAAAAUGAAAUUGGCACUGGGCGGAGCGCGCCAGGAUCAUUAACUGUUACCGGAAACGUACCAUCUGUUGUGAUCAGUAAACCGUCAUACACCGUCGUAACGGGAACAGACAUUAACAUCGAUUGUGAUUACACGGCAUCACCAGCGGCAACCAGCCUCAAAUGGAAAAAGAUUGUCAACACCCAGUCUUCCGAUGUUGUUUUAACUGGAAGCACAAAGUACUCGGGUGGUACACUAGCAUCCCCUGCGUUAGUAAUUGCAUCUGCCGUGGCUGCUGACCAAGCGUUUUACCAAUGUGUUGUCACAAAUAGCGUUGGCGACGGCUUAAGCACAACUGCCUAUCUAUUUGUAACUGGAGCAAUCCCAACUGCAUCCGUGACACAGACCUCUUACAACAUCGAUCUGGGUCAACCUGUAACAAUAGCUUGUAAUGUUGCUGGCGUCCCGGACGUGCAAUCAGUAACAUGGACAAUCACCAAACCUCCUUCAACUACCUCCACUCCCAUCGUUAUUAACGCCCCGAAGUACAGCGGAGGGUCUUUGAGCACUCCCUCAUUGACCAUUGCAACGGCAGCUCUAGCGGAUCAAGGAAUCUACAAGUGCAAAGCCACCAACAUUCUCGGCACGGGUGAAAGUGCAAAUGUCUACCUUAACGUUGUAGGAUCAAGUCCAACUGUCAGUGUGCCAGUGUCCUCAUACACAGUCGACCGAGGAGGCAAUGUGGUAUUGGCAUGUAGUAUCGUGGCCUCUCCAGCUGUGACAACUGUGUACUGGACACGAACCGUCCAAGGUGCAGUGAACCACAUCACAGCAGCCUCUCCAAAGUACGAAGGAUCUUCCCCGACGGAUCCUUCUUUGACUAUCAAUACCUUGGAACCAGGAGACGAAGGAAGCUAUAGGUGCCAUGCCACUAACUCAGUCAGUACUGGCAGGAGCGAGCUCACUAAUUUGAUUGUAUCACUCGCACCGACAAACAUACAAGUCGACCCCGCUUCAGUUACGAGAAGAGAACAACAGGAAUUUUCAUCGGUGUGUACAGCUGAGGCCAACCCUGCUCCAACAUACCGGUGGGUUAAGGAGAGCACACAGCAAGUCAUAUCAACCAUGCAAACCCUGACGAUACAGAACAUUGAUCGUGGUCACCAGGGACAAUACAUCUGCACUGCCAGCAAUAGCCGGGGAUCAGCAACUGCAACCCUCAAUGUCGACGUACAGUACAAACCAAUAAGCACGGUAGCUACUGCAGAACAGACCAUCGUCAUUGGUAUGAACGACCCAAGAAUCCUGACCUGUAACACCAUCUCCAAUCCCUCUGUCGAAACAUACCGGUGGCAAAAGUCCAACGUCGACAUUGUAGGUGCAACGGGGCUCACACACGUUGUAACUGUGAUGUCUCAGAGCGAUUAUGGCACAUACAGCUGCUAUGCAACCAACUCUAUUGGACAAUCAUCGGCCAUCAACUUCCUACUUCAGUCAGGUGCUGUAACGCCUACGCCAGCUGAUGACACAACUGCUCUGACGACCGAAAUGAUCAUCGCAAUUGCUGUCGCUAUUGCUGUCUUGCUUCUCAUCCUCAUCAUUAUUUGUGUGUGCUGUUGCGCACGUGCUCCAACUCGAAAGGUUGAGAGAGUUUACACGAAGAAGCCUUUACAAGCUCCGAUGGCUAUGAUGGCCCCUCCUGUCGUCAUGAGGGAUCCCUCCAUGGCGCUUGUCCCAAUGAACGAUUCAUUCAGGCGCCAAUAUGACAACAGUUAUAUGUUGAACCGCAGCGAACUUCCAGCCCAGGAAUACACGUAUUAUGAGAGCGAGCGUGGCAGGAAGGACCGACCUUCAUCGUUCAUCAACUUUAGUGGAGAAUAGUAUAUGAAACAGUCAGAUCUUACAACCCUGGACAAGACAGUGACGUCAGAAUCAAUUUCAUCAUACAUCUACAAGUGAUCUGAUGAAGUGUUCUCUACUCAAUUAUUCAAUAGGAUAAACAACACAAAAUACAGAAAUGUAUUUCACUGCGAGAGAGGCACUGCGACUGAUGAAUCAAACUAACAAAUCAUUUUCAAACACAACAAUACGUUUUGUGGACAUAAAGCAUGUUUGCACCAGCAGACAAAUAUUGCAUUUAAUCAUAGAUUUACCAUAAAAUUUAUCCAUUGUGUAUACAAUUCCAGAUUACUCCCCAUAUGAUUGAUUUGCCAUAUCUAGAUAUCAAAUAUAAAAUUAAUUGUAAUUAUUUGAAUUCCACUUUCGCCAAAAAAAACCUAUUUAUUAUUUUUAAGUAAAAAAUAAAUUUCGCGUAAGCCUGCCUCUAACUGUGUCGCCUGCAUGAUACGUACACGUGCAGGUAUCACGCGGUAGGGAUUUGCACGUGCAAAUCUCAGACCAUCACGCGACCUAUUGGCGCCGCAUAACAGAGAAAAUAAGUUCACCCUAACUCCUACCCGUCAAACGGUUUAAAUUACAUUUACAUUUGGUCAGCCCACGGUAGUUGUUAUUUUGCAAAUUUCUACGGAUUUUUAAUCUUUGAAAUAUUAUUAAUCGAAUUAAAUAUAUGAUACGUUAGAGUACAAUCAAAAUCGAAUGUUUACAUUGUCCUGUAUGUGUGUUUUUGUAUAAGAUUAUAUAUGUGUACAAGUAUAACAGUGUAUUUAAUAUGUAUUAUUAUUAUUCUCUUUAUGGUAAUAUACUUUAUGGUUAUUUGUAUUAAACAUUAUCAGUGGUAAUAUACUUUAUGGUUAUUUGUAUUAAACAUUAUCAGUGGUAAUAUACUUUAUGGUUAUUUGUAUUAAACAUUAUCAAUGGCAAUUUAUUUUAUAGAUAAAUAUGUCAUUGCCUAGUGAAAUGGUUUUUUGUAGAAAAGUUAAUUAAGCGUGUUUUUUUCAUUAGGUAUAAAACGUUACCUAACUAAAUUUGAAUGCAUUGGAUAGAAAUAAAACACGUUACUUGAUUAUAAGUUGCCAUGAUGCUGUUACAUCAUAAUAUUAUGGUAAGUAAUCGUAUGGUUACCCGAGUGUUAAUUCAAAACCAUGUAUAUUACUUAACCAACAUCGACUUUUCGACUAAUAUAGUUUAUGUUAUGUUAUCCUACUUGACUAUAACUUGGGUUAUAAAAUUCACAUUCACGAGAAAAUCUAGAAAAUAGCCAUGCGUACCGUAUAUAACCUUAUAAUACCUUAACAUAUCGUGUAAAGUACAAGAAAAUACAUAGCAAGGUUGUUCAUGUUAUCAAACGCCAUCU